CUAUUUUGCCCAAUGCCAUUCUUGUUAUAUUCAUAGGGAAAAAUUGUGGUAUUGCAAAAAAAAUAUUUAAUCUAUCUAAUAGGGGUUGUUUUGUUUUAUGCUGUACAUUUAAAAAGAACCUAAACCUUGGAAACUUGAUUUAGUUAAAAAAUACAUGUUUCUGUGGUUUUGGAGUUAGUGAAUAUUAAGAAGUAAAAUAGGGCAACUCAUAAUAGUGAGAUUUGAAAUGAAAGGAGUCUCCAUCAUUCCAUCUCCCUUUGUUGACUGUUUGCUAAAUUUCAAAAACGUUUUUUUUACAUCAUUAAUAUAUAGCAAGGCACUGAAGUCAGAUGAUCGUAAAAUCUAACAAAACUCCACUUGGCCGAGGAGGGCGGCGAAGAUCCCUCACCAAUGCAAUUCGUGUUUCAAAUGUGUUUUCCCCAAGGUCUCGGAGAAUAAGCAAUGGCAGCUCUUUGAUUAAGAAAAAUAGUAUUGAUUCUUGCAUGAAAGUAGUAGUUCGGGUGAGGCCAGAGAAUGAUAGAGAACAAAGUGAAAACUUCCACACAGUUGUACGCUCAUUAGACAAGCAUCUUCUAGUAUUUGACCCCAAGGAAGAUGGAAGUGACUUUUAUUUUCAUGGCAAAAAGCAGGUUCGAAGAGAUUUGUUGAAGAGACCAAAUAGAGACUUAAAGUUUGCUUUUGACCAUGUCUUUGGGCCAGAAGAAAGUAAUCAAGAUGUGUUUCAAAGUACAACAAAGUCUAUCAUUGAUGGUCUUCUGAAUGGCUAUAACUGCUCAGUGUUUGCUUAUGGAGCCACUGGAGCUGGAAAAACACACACCAUGUUAGGGACUCCUUCUAAUCCUGGUUUAACGUUUCUGACAGUAAUGGAACUCUACGAAAGGAUUGAGAGCAUAAAAGAAGAUAAAAUCUGUGAUAUAUCAGUUUCUUACUUAGAGGUUUAUAAUGAAACUAUUCGGGAUCUUCUCAUGCCAUCACCUCCACUUGCUGUUAGGGAAGACCCACAGAGAGGUGUUGUAGUCAGUGGAUUAUCUUAUCACAAGCCAAAGGAUGCUGAACACUUGUUAAACAUGUUGGACUUUGGUAACAAGAACAGGACUCAACAUCCAACUGAUGCAAAUGCUGAGUCUUCUCGUUCUCAUGCAGUUUUUCAAGUUUGUGUUAAGCAACAAAAUCGUACUGCUGACCUUUCAACUAAUGUGCAAGUGGCAAAGAUGAGUCUCAUAGACCUUGCAGGAUCAGAACGAGCUUGUGCAGCAGCUGCACAUGGUGGGGUCAGGCAGCGAGAAGGUGCUAAUAUCAACAAGUCUCUUCUAGCCCUUGGAAACUGUAUCAAUGCCUUAGCUGAUCGAAAGAACAAAGGUCAGCAUAUUCCAUAUCGAAACAGUAAACUGACUAGAAUAUUGAAGGACUGUCUGGGUGGUAACUGUAAAACUGUGAUGAUAGCCGCAGUUAGCCCAUCUUCCAUCAGUUAUGAGGACACCUACAACACCUUGAAAUAUGCUGAUAGAGCUAAGAGCAUACAGUUGGAUUUGAAGAAGAAUGUGAUCAGUGUGGAAGCCCAUGUUACUAAGUAUGUGAAAAUCGUAGAUGACCUAAAAAAAGAGAUCUCUGAACUUAAGGAAAAGCUUUCUGUGUAUGAAAAUGAGAAAAUGUUUCCAAAGAAUGUACCAGCUACAGUUGAAACUAGACAAGACUCAAUACAGCAACCUUAUGUCACAUGUGAUAAACCAGUCUGUGUACAUGAAGAUGAAAUAGAAGAAUUUAUACCUUACAGUACCAAGAUGUCAGCACUCUUUAAAGAAGGUCAGAGGAUACGUCGAGCAUACUUGGAAUGUGAAAGUUCCUUAAAGCAAAUUCAGGGGAAAAUACAGUGGCGUAUGACCUACUUGGACAGGAUUUCAUUAUUGUCCAUUGAUAGAGACAAACUCAGUAAGAGUACUUCAAAAGCAGAUGCUGCAAUUUGCUCGUUAAAAGGAAAGCAGACUCGAUUGGAGGCUAGAAAAACUGACCUGGUAAAUGAACUGCAGAAGAACAUUGAAGAGCUGAAAAAACUGGAGGAGGGAAUAGAAAACUAUUAUACUGAAGACAGAAAUAAAAAACUUGUAUGUGAGAAUCUAAAGUUAAAAUUUCAUCAGCAUUGUCUUGAAACGGAGGUGAGGGAUUUGCGUCAACAGAACAGGCAUUCCCAGCAAGUAGCCAUGAUGUUAGAGACAGAAGCAUCUAGGACUGAAAGGCUUCUUUCACCAACAUUAAAGCUAGUACGGCAGCUGGAGAUACUUUUAGAUGGCCAUGGUUUCUUAACUUCUGAUUUGAAGAGUCUUUAUGACUGUCUUGUAAAACAAGCAGAAGGUGAGAAAGGAGUAAUGUGGGCUGAUGAAUCACGGAAGAGUGGGGGGUUAUCAGAACCAGUUCAUCUUUUGACCUUAUCAACUUACUCUGUACUUCCCAUAACCCCUACAUCUCAGCCUACACGUACACCACUCAUUACUAUUUUAAAUCCUUCUCCCAACACUGAAGAUAAUAAUAUGCCAAAUUUUAUAAACCCUAAAAAUAGUGAAGAAAAUUUGGCUUUCCCUUUGUCUCCUGUAGAAGAAAUCAACACACUCAAAGAUUCCCCGUGUCCAUCUCUGAGUCGUUCUCGACAUGGCUCUCCACAUCCUGGUGUGAAUGACAUUAGUUUUCAUCAUGCUAGAAAUUCUCAAGAUGUACAGUCUGUCAAGAGAUCUCUUAACGAAACUUUCCAGAACAUCCCUUCACAACAGCUUUUAAAUAUUACUUCACCAGUACUAAAUGUAAAAACUAGUUUAAAUCAGACUUUCACGGGUAGUUGCUUACAUGUAUCUCCUAAAGUUACUGCUAGAACAGUACAAGAUGAGACAUUUGCUGUUCUCCCUGAGGAAAAGGAUGAAUUUAACAAAACAUUCUCAAAAGGUGACAGUAAACCUGAUUUGAACACUACUUUUACUCCACCACCACUUGUACCUGAUACAAACAAAACAUGUACUCCAACUGUAGAUAAACAUCUUAAUGGUACAUUUAUUGCACAGUCUCUCCCUGUAAACUCUCCUUCCACACCACUCCAGAAAAUCACGUCACCACCAAUUUCUGUAACACCAGUUGCAGGACAUUUUCCCAGUCCAGCAGGAAGGCUUACAUUUGCUGAUGUUGUAAAGUCAGCUUUACCACAGAAUCGAUACCGACACCACAGAAGAAGUGUAACAUCAGAUUCUACAUUUGUAUUUCCUCCAACUCCAGCAGUACCACGUCCAGUAAUGUUAGCGUCUCAAGUUACUGCCACUCCGGCAUCACCAUUAUAUGCUUUCAACAGCUGUCUUCCUAAAUUGCCGUGCACAUCAGUAUCCAGUAGUUGGUGUCCUAUAGCUUCAUUAAAAAUACCUAAAGUGACAAUUUCUGAACCUUCUUGUUCUUCUGUCUGCACUCUGACAUCAAAUAUUGGACAGCAUUCAUCUGUGGAAGUCAAUGGCCGGCAAGAAAAUAUAGCUUGGUUUUCUGAGAAAUCUACCUCUUCAAAAAUUUCUGUGGACAAAGAAAAUGUGUGUAAGUUAAAUGAUGAAACUAGGAAUGAGCUAGUGAAGGUUAAUGGAGGUACUGAAUCUUUUACAUCAGCAGUUCCUCAGAUUCAACGUGGUCCUCUUGGGGAAAUACAGCUUUCUUACCAUGAUAAGGGUGAAAAAUCUUCUAAUGGAAGUAGAAAAAGCAUAGGAGCUCAUAAGAAAGCACCUUUUAUGUCCAUGACCACUUCAACAACUUUUAAGAUAAAGCAACCAUAUUCAAGAAAAACAACGAAGGAAAUCAGUGUUAAUACACCUUAUGAUGUUACAAAACGGUUAACAAAAAAACCAAUCUUGCUCAAAUCAUCAACAAGUACAACACCAAAACACCCACUGUCUGCAAGGAAAAGCAUGUCAACUUCUUCAUUGAGAAAGAUCUGUUAGAAUAGUCAGUAGUUACUAAAAGUUUCUUGUAUAUCAUGAUCAUGAACUUGUAUACAAUCACUGCUUCUGCUAUCAGCUAAGUUCACUGUAUAUUCUACCAUACUUUUAGCUAUAUCCUCCCAUUCCUUUAUCCUGUAUUGGUCAAGGUGCUGAAGAGCCCUUGAAAUCAGCUUUCCCUUGAUCUCAGACAGUGCUUUGGUGUAUUGCAUUAUUUUGUAUGUACAUAUUACUUUGUAUAGUCUUUUAUUUUUUUUGUAUCUGUGGUUACUUUCUACUCUAUAAAAUUAACAGAAUGCUUGAAAUUUCUAUGUUUGAUGUGUUAAUAAAAGGAUGAGGAAAUUAUGAAUCAUUUGUUGCAAUUUUGUAGCCUUUAAGUAUUUUGAAUAAUUUUGUAAUAAAGUUUUGAGGAGUAAAUAUUCCAUGUAGUGUAUACUAUUGUAUAGAGAAUGUUGGUUUUUAGAAUCAGUGCAGUACUUCAAUAAG